CAAUAUUUGAUUCCUUUCUAUGGCUGACCAUGUGCCUGUCACGUGUUCCCUCUAUGUACAAAUCCACGGUCAGGAUUCCAUCCAUCAUGAGAUGGAAUUGAUGCUUGGAUCAUUGCCACGUGUCCUCCACUAAUGGGUUUUGUAUUUGGUAAAGUUGAGUCAACUUGGACUGAACUUGUAUUUUUUGUCUGAUUUUCUAUCCUUCUCUCUAUCGACUUCAUCUUCUUCCUUGAACUAAUUGAAGCAGCAAUUGAAAACUGCUUCUCCUUUAAUGGCUUUAGCUUCUCAUCAUCAUCAACAUGUAUUUCAACAUGCUUCACUAUCACCAUCCUCAUCAACUUCUUCAUGUGCUUCUUCAACAGAAUCUCCACUAAUAACUUGUCCCAAACAGUCCAUAAUAGAAGCUGCUACAGCAAUAUCCGAAGGAAAAAACGAUGUUGCAGUGGAGAUCCUCACGCGCCUGUCACAGGUUGGUAACGUUAGAGGCUCAUCCGACCAAAGGCUAACAGCGUACAUGGUUUCAGCUUUACGGUCGCGCGUGAACCCCACGGAUUACCCACCGCCAGUGAUGGAGUUGCACAGCAGAGAACACACGGAUACAAUAACACAGAAUCUGUACGAGGUAUCUCCAUGUUUUAAGCUAGGUUUCAUGGCAGCAAAUCUAGCAAUUCUUGAAGUUGUAGCAGACCACAACAAGCUUCACGUCAUUGAUUUUGACAUAGGCCAAGGUGGACAAUACGUGCAUUUACUGCAUGCACUUGCUGCAAAGAAAUCAGAUAAACCAACAAUCCUAAAGAUCACAGCUUUCACUGAACAAAUAAGCGGAGUUGACGAGAGAAUCAAUUCUAUCGGAUUAGGGCUGAAAUCUACAGCGAACACAGUUGGUGUUUGCUUAUAUUUCACCGUAAUGGCAUGUAAGGUUACUGAGUUAACCAGGGAAAAACUUGGGGUUGAGCCAAACGAGGCAUUAGCAGUGAAUUUCGCAUUCAAAUUAUACAGAUUACCCGACGAGAGCGUAACAACGGAUAAUCUAAGAAGCGAGCUUCUCAGGCGCGUGAAGGGUUUAUCUCCAAACGUUGUGACGGUGGUAGAGCAAGAAAUGAACGGUAACACAGCCCCGUUUCUGGCGCGUGUGAAUGAAGCGUGUGGGCAUUACGGCGCGUUAUUCGACUCGCUAGACGCGACUGUGUCAAGGGAUAAUACUGAACGAGUCAGGAUAGAGGAAGGACUGAGUCGCAAAAUGGCUAACUCGGUAGCGUGCGAAGGGAGGGACCGCGUUGAAAGAUGCGAAGUGUUUGGCAAGUGGCGGGCCCGAAUGAGCAUGGCUGGGUUCGGGCCGAGGCCCGUUGGUGAACUCGUUGCAAACUCACCGCGUUCCAAGCUUAACUCGGGGACACGUGGCAACCCAGGCUUCACUGUGAAUGAACAAAGUGGUGGUAUCUGUUUUGGUUGGAUGGGACGAACACUCACCGUCGCAUCUGCUUGGCGUUAACUUUGUCGUUAUUCACAUUUUAAGCGUUUACCUUCUCUAAUUAGUAUAAUUAGCUUAUUAAUAUUAUUCUUCAAUGUGAUUUGCUGUAUUAAGGGGUUUUUAAAUUUUGGUUAUUGUUAUUAUCAAUUCAUGGAAAUUCAGAAGUAAUGGAUGAUGUCCCACAUUCGAAAAAAGGCAUGAAUAUUAAUAUUUAGAUUCCUUUUUGUAAA